GGGUAAUGUGGUAUUGCCGCCAUAUUUGUUCUUCACGUUGAUGCGAAAAAAUGUUUUUGAUUUGAGUUUAAUAUUACAAGAAAUUCGGAAAUAUAUGGCCAGCUGAUUUGUUGACAAAUUAGGGCUUAAGAUGGCCCAGGAUGGCCAAAAGUUUCCAGGGGUUACGUCCCCUAUCAGUCUUGCCUAUCCAAAGCCCUUCGACAAUGAGCUGUCUGAGAAGUUGGAGGAAACUCUCCGACCACAUGGAGUAUUUGAGAGUGAAGAGGAACUUAACCAUCGUAUGGAGGUUUUGCUGAAAAUCAACACACUUGUGAAAGACUGGAUCAAGGAUGUUAGCAGACAAAAGAACAACAUUCCAGAAAGCAAAAUAGAUACUUUUGGAGGAAAAGUGUUUACAUUUGGCUCUUACAGACUUGGUGUACACACAAAAGGUGCUGAUAUAGAUACGCUGUGUGUGGCACCUCGACAUGUUGAGCGGCACGAUUUCUUCAAAUCAUUCUAUGAUCUGCUGAAGCAACAGUCUGAAGUGAAGAAUCUACGGCCUGUGGAGGAAGCUUUUGUGCCAGUUAUUAAGAUGGAAUUUGAUGGAAUUGAGCUGGAUAUGCUGUUUGCUCGGCUAGCUUUUCCAACCAUUACCGAAGACAUUGACCUGAGGGAGUUAUCUUUGUUGAGAAAUCUAGACGAAAAGAGUGUGAGAAGUCUUAAUGGAUGCAGAGUUACAGAUGAAAUUCUUCACCUUGUACCAAACAAGGAAAAUUUCAGAAUGACAUUGCGUGGAGUUAAACUUUGGGCAAAAAAAAAGGGCAUCUACUCCAAUUCACUGGGCUAUUUGGGAGGUGUGUCCUGGGCUAUGUUAGUCGCCCGUGUCUGCCAGUUGUAUCCAAACAGUGCUCCAGCGACCCUGCUACACAAGUUCUUCAUGGUCUUCUCCAAGUGGGAUUGGCCUAACCCUGUUCUGCUAAAACCACUUGAAACCGAUAACAAACUGGGAUUUCCAAUAUGGGAUCCACGGGUGAACCCUUCUGACAGGUUUCAUUUAUUUCCUAUCAUCACACCAGCCUACCCUCAACAAAAUUCAACAUACAAUGUCACCAAUUCAACUAGAUUCACCAUCAUGGAUGAAUUUCAAGAAGGUUUAGCUGUAGUAAAUAGGAUAUAUGAAGGAAAGGGAGAAUGGUCACAGCUGUUUGAACCCUCGAAUUUUUUCCAAAAAUACAAGCAUUACAUUGUGCUUGUAGCACGGGCAGAAGAGGAGAAUCAUUAUUUAGAAUGGUACGGGUUUGUGGAAUCAAAGAUUAGGUUGUUAGUUGGCAAUCUUGAGCGAAAUCCCUUUGUGAGGUUAGCUCAUAUCAUGCCCGAGUCAUUUGGACCGCUGAAUGAAACAGAGAGCAAAUUCAUGUGCAAGUGGUUUGUUGGUCUCAGUUUUCACAGUACGCAGUCAUCAAAUAUUGAUCUCACUUACGACAUACAGUCUUUCUCUGACAUUGUUCACAAGCAAGCAAUUCAUCUAGGUCUAUUCAAAGACGAUAUGAAAGUUGAAAUUUCUUAUGUGAAAAGAAAGCAGUUAGAACAGUUCGUACCUUUGGAAAUCAUUCAAAGAGGAGGAAAACCAGUUAAGGAGAAAAAAAGGGAAAGCACCAAAGGAGAAAGCAAUAGCAGCAGUAAUCUACGUCGAGUUAGUACGGAGAAACCAGCGCUGUCGGGUAGCAAGUCUGAAAGUGACCUGGUGAAGCAGAGCUCUGUGACGGAUGACGAGGCAUCCCAGGAGUCCCAGAUGGUGUCUCAGAACGCAGCGUCCGCCUCGCCUGAGGUGGAGAACAUGCAGUGUGAUAGCACAGACUCCACCGCAACAGACCAACAAAACAAAAACAGUCAGGAGCUCAAUGUUAGUGAUGGCGGGGGCGAUGGCGUUUGUAAAAUAAAGAGGCCCGGUUCGCCAUGUGAGGAAGACAAAAUGUCCAAGAGGUUGAAAGAUGGGGAGGAGGUUGAACUGGGGAGUCCGAUGCAAGUUGAUGAGAAGUCCUCUUCUCAAACAGAUGAAAAAAUAACAGCUCAGGAAAUUGCUCCAGUAAGCAAGCAUGCUCAGAGGUUGCCUAGCAAUGACUUGCCUGAUUUAAUAAGUCCACAGCCUAUGUCACAAACUGCAGGGUUUCAGUUAACAAAAAACUCCAUUAAGUUAAAACUGAAAUGAUGUUUGUUGUACAUGGCGUGUGGUAUGUUCAGUGAAAGCAUAGUGCUGUUGUCCAGUGCAAGAAAGCAAUUUUGAUGUGAAUUAUUGCUCUUCAGAACAUUGCAAAAUCUGAAAUUGAUUGCUUGACAUGACUGGAAAGUAAUGGGGAACCACAGCAGUUUUAAAGAAUUAUAUUAUUUUGAGAAACUAAUUCAUCAUUAAAAGACUGUCGACAGAUCCCAAGGAAAUAUUCGUAAAGACGUAUCGGAAGAAAGGUGCAGAAAGAGACGAGUCUUGUUGAUUUUGUGUAAACUAAGUGCAAAUAAACUUGUUAUUGUUGCUGGGUCAGUAGUAACUGGUGAAGAAUGGUCAGUAAUGAUUGAUGAUGAGUGAAUGCUGGAGAUGAGAGUAACGGCUAUCAUUUAUUUGUCUGGUUGUGUUUACCUUUUCAUUUUUUUCAUACAAAUUCAUAUGAGUGAAAAUAAAAUAAUAAAAAAACUGAAUCAAGAAAAACAAAUGUAAAACAGAAGGGAAGAAAACAAAUGAAUUAAAAAUUUUAUGUAUAGUUCAGUAACCCAUAUGUAAAUAGGUAAAAUGUAUAUCAUCAUAGAACUAACACUUUUUUGUUAUAUAGUAAUGGAUGUGUAUGUGUUUCAACAUGUAUGUACAGGACAAACAUAAUAGCAGCCUGAAGACUCCAUAUUAAAUCCAGGUGUCCAGUGAUAAUGAUUUUGCAGAUCUUGUAAAUUACCAUGUUCCUUUAAGUAUGCAUUUAUAAUAAAAUGUGUGAUUGUCAUAUUGAAUGUGAUUAGAUGAUAAUAAAUCAUCAAUGUUUGUCAUUUGUUUUUUUCCUUUCUGGUACAGCCAUUACAGUCAUAUAAUGUUACAAAAACACAUGAUCAUAAUCUGCCAUCAUUAUUUAUUUGGAACUUUUAUUAAUUUGAUGUAUAUAUGUACGAUAUUUAGGGCGGAUAAACUCUUUUGCACCAAUGUUUGUCAUAUGCAGGUUAAAACCGUCUCCUUUUAUUUGUAUUUGUGCAUUGUUUUGUUUAUCAUGAUACAUAGAAAAAAAAUAGAAAAAAAAAUUAAAUCUCACUUGUAAAUAUCACUCUUCAUAGUCAUAGAUAUUAUUGAAUCAUCUUAAAAGACAGCUUUUCUUUUUGUGAAUUUGCUUAUUAUUUACGCUGUAUGAAUUUCCUUAAAAAAAAAAAAUAUAUAUAUAUAUAUAUAUAUUUUGGGUUUUGGGUUUGAGUAGGUGUUGGAAUCAUGUUAAUCCUCUCAGCAUUUAAGCAGUGAACUAGUUUAACCAGGUACAGACAAAAACAAAAUUAAGUUAUGUAAGCUAUGGUCAAAUCAAUUUGACACUUGGUGUACUAAUACGUUGGUAGUAAUCUUAAAGUUUGUUCUUAUUUAUUAUUUUGUUUACUAAUGCUAUCAUUGGUAUAAACUGGGUUUAGGGUGAUCGAGUUUUCCAAUAUUGCUACAUACUCAUUUGUAGAUUAAUUUAUUUCUUCUAUAAACUGCAAUCCUUGGUAUAAACAAUAUUUAUUGCCAUUAAAAAAAUGAGCUAUCUGUGGAUAUGCCAACAAGCAUUAGCGGCAAUCCUUCAGUAUUUUAGUAGCGAACUACAAUCACAUUAGAACAAACAUGAUGGAUUGAGCAUCACACUGACAUUAUUAACAGCUCGGCAGUCAUGCAGUUAAAUUAAAUCUUGGAACAUCGAAUGUUCUAAGGAUAACUAAUACCUUUAUUUCAGAUAAUCAAUUUGCAAUGAUUGCACAUUCUCCGUUUGCCACUGAUGCAGUAAAAUAAGCUAUUAGUCAGAACUAAGAAUAUUUAAAACUGCUUUCAUUGGUAUUACUAAAACUAUAAAGUCCUAAAAUACUUGGCAUUAAAAAGUAAAGGAGCCAUACAAAGGUUUCUUGGACAUCCGUAUAAUUUCGUGAAUAGAAGAUGCUUGCGUAGUAAUGAAUUGGGUUCUUUGAAUUAGUUGCAGGUUUAUAAGAUUAAGAUACUUUAUUUUCCUCGUUUUCAUAUAAAGGUGGUUGGUUCAAUUCUUGAAUUUGUAUCAUUCAGUGUUGGGGAGUCGUUUGAAGUCUGUAAUCAUAGUUCCAUAUUUCUAUUUUUGAUAAGAUUUUCUUUAAUUAUUUUUGUUCCAAUGUAAUAAUUUGACAAUGGUUAAACAAAUUACUGUCAUAUUGUUAAAAAUAAAUAACUCCCACACCUGCUAGAUGUGAUGUCACGUCUAUAGGUAUACCGUACUUAUUAUAUUCUACAUUUAUUUAUUUUAUUUUAUUCUUGAUUCAGAUUCAAUACAAAAUUAAUUAUGUUAUAGGUGGGUUUAUGGUUGAAUUUAAAUAUAAAAUUAUUUCUUCAUAAUACAGCACAAUACAUAGUUUAAUUAAUUUGUCCUUGUCAUCUAUAGAUAUUCAUCUCCAAAAUUUUAUAAUUAACCACAUCAUUACAUUUAUUGGUUUGCUUAAUUAAACAUCUGUUGUUAUAUAAUUUAAUAUGGUUAAUUUUCAGCAUGUUGCCACAGUACUCGAGACUUUCUAUUUCAGAAAUGGCUGAAAAAUGCGGCAUACUGUUGAAAUUUCCACUGUACAAACUGAAUACACAAAAUAACAGAAAUAAACUAUUUUAUUUUAUGUA